AUGUCUGACGAGGGUAGCGCGCAACCUGUUGCCGCCCAGCCUACUGCAGAGGCCACCGGCACAGCUGGCAACAACACUGUUGGCAACAAGGCGACCGACGCGCCGGGCCCUGCAGCUGCUGAGACAAAGGCCGAAGGUCCCAAUACUACAGGGGAGGGGGCUGAGAAAGAAGCUGCUGAGCCAGCUAAGGAGGGAGAGACUGCCAAAGAAGUUGAAGACCCAAGCAAAACCUCGACCGAGAAGCCCUCCGAAGACGGCGACAUCGAGAUGAAGGACGCCCCAGACGCGACGACCUCACCCCCCGCCGAGGCAGGUCCUAACGAUGACAACACAGAGCAGGCAGAAGCUGUCGCGCCAGCCUCUGGUGGAGAUGACGCCACGGCUGCCACAGCCAAUGCUUCCAAGACCAAGACGCCUGCGCGUAGGAAGUCUACUGCUGGUGCUGACAGCGCCAAGGGAAAGAAGCUGAACAAGAAGGGUUCCAAGGCCGCCAUACUGCAUAUCGAUGCGCAGCCAGGCCAGCACUUUUUUAUCAAGCUCAAGGGCUACCCACAGUGGCCAUGCAUCAUCUGUGACGAGGACAUGCUACCUCAUGCGCUUAUCAAGACGCGUCCUGUCAGCGCUGCGAGAUCUGAUGGUACCUACCGCGAGGACUUCGCCGAUGGUGGCAAGCGCGCUGCCGAUCGAACUUUCCCCAUCAUGUACCUCGCGACGAAUGAAUUUGGCUGGGUCUCGAACAAGGACUUGGUUGACCUCGACACCGACAAGGUGGUCGACCAGAUCACUCCGAAGAUGCGCAAAGACCUACAAUUGGCACACCAGAUCGCCGCAGAAGGACACGAUUUGGAUUACUACAAGGACCUCUUGCAACAAUUCCAGGAAGAGCUUAUUGAGAAGCAAAAGGCAGCUGAGGCCAAAGCUGCGGCCGCCGCCACACCGAAGAAGUCCAAGAAGCAGGCCAAGUCAUCCAACGAGGUCGAGGAUGUUGAAAUGGAAGAUGUUGACGACGAACCAUCCACUGCUAAGGCCAAGAAAUCGGACAAGAAGCGCAAGAAUACCGAGGACUCAGAGACUCCUCAGCGUUCCGAGUCUGUUAAGAAGCCGAAGAUUAAGCUCACUAAUAAUGCGACGCCCAAGACUGCCAAUGGCGCCACGCCGAAGUCCGCCAAGGCCGGAGGCGAGGCAAAGGCGAAGAAGGCGAAGAAGGCUACCAAGGAGGCCGACGAUGAAGAGAAGGCGCAGUCACCAAAGGAGCCCGAGAUGAGCGCUGAAGAUCGCUUCCAGCGCAAGAAGAAGGAGGUGCUUUUCCUUCGCCACAAGCUUCAGAAGGGCCUCCUGACGAGAGACCAGCUGCCCAAGGACGACGAGGUGAAGGUCCUCUCAGACUACCUUGUGAAGCUUGAGCAAUUCCCCGAUCUUGAGACCGAGAUUAUUCGGGCGACCAAGAUCAACAAGGUGCUGAAGGCCAUGCUGAAGCUGGACUCAAUUCCCAAGGAAGAAGAGUUCAACUUCAAGCCCCGAUCUCAGGCUCUGCUUGACAAGUGGAACAAGCUUCUGUCAGAAGAGGGCCCUGCUUCUGCAGCACCGGAGGAAGCCAAUGGCGUCAAUGGGCACUCCUCUGAACCUCCGGCCAACAAGGAGGCCAAGGCUGGCGUAAAUGGCGUCAAGAAGGCUGACACCGAGGAAGCCGACACCAAGGCUGAGGCAACGGGGGACAGCAAAUCCGAGGUCAAGGAGCUGGAGAAGAAGGACACAGAGGAGGAAUCGAAGGAAGAGGCUGUCGCCGACGAAAAACCAUCCGCAGAAGAGGCUGUCAAGGCUUCUGAGGCUGUUGACACCGCGGCUUAA